ACCACCAGCAGCCCAACGGCUCCCUGCUGGUCGGCCCUCUCUCUCAGCUGGACUCUGGAUGGUUUCUGUGUGUGGCGACUCGAGAGCAGGAGAGAGAACACCGCUAUAUCCACCUGUCCGUCUCAGUGGGUUCUUCGCUGGAUCCUAUCUUGAUGCCCAGAGAUGGUCCUGUCCCUCGGUUCAGUAUCGACCGCUCGGGCUCCUCUCAGCUGGAGAUGCGUUCAGGACAGACGGCCCGGCUCUCCUGCACCAUCGCCCCCCCCUCCGCCCUGCAGGCCGUCAGCAUCCAGUGGACCAAAGACGGGCAGACGCUCAGAAACCCCCGGUUGACCCAGCACUCGGACGGCUCUCUGAGCAUCGUCUCUCUGCAGGCUGCUGACUCAGCGCUCUACACCUGCACCGCCUCCUCUGAGCAGCAGCUGGAGCAGAGGACGCUGCAGCUGAAGGUAAAAGCGGACCUGAAGAUCACCACGGCUCCGAACAACAUCCAGGUCCCUGAAGGCAGCACGGCUCUGCUGCCCUGCGUCGUCUCCGGGGACAACGUGAACAUCGGCUGGUCCCGAAACGGCAUCCCGGUGCGUCCGGACGGCCGUCUCGUCCUGAAGUCGUCUGACGGCAGUUUGAUCCUGAACAGCGUGACGCCUGCAGACGAGGGAACCUACACCUGCAACGCCUACACCGGCAUCUACUCUGUGAGCGCCAAGGCCGAGGUCAAGGUCACCAAACACACGCAGCAAGGUCAGGACGCGACCCGUUUAUAAGACAUGGAAAUAUUG